AUGGCAGCGGACUCGAUCAACGAGGUCUCCGCCGAGAAGGCCGCCCAGGACGAGCUCAGAGAUGUCGAGUCGGCAACGAACGAAUACACUCCUACCCUGACCUUCACGCCGGCCGAGCAUCGCGCGCUGCUCUGGCGCCAGGACCUGACCAUCCUGCCGCUCUCCGCGACCAUCUACUUCCUCUGCUACCUGGACCGAUCGAACAUCGGAAAUGCCCGGAUCCUCAACUCGAGCACGCACAACGACAUGCAGACCGAGAUUGGCGCGACCGCCUACCAAUUCAAUGUCGCGCUGAUGGUGUUCCUCGUGGGGUACUUCGCGUUCGAGGUGCCGUCGAACAUCCUGCUCAAGAAGCUGCGGCCGUCCCGGUGGCUGGCCUUCCUCAUGUUCUCGUGGGGCGCCGUGACGAUGGGGCUGGGCGGGGUGCACACCUUCGCGGCGACCGCGGGCGUGCGCUUCCUGCUGGGCGCCGUCGAGGCCGGCCUGUUCCCCGGCCUGGUCUACUACCUGACCUUCUGGUACCGGCACGACGAGCGCAGCGUGCGCGUCGCCCUGAUCCUGGCCAGCGCCACCCUCGGCGGCGCCUUCGGCGGCGCCAUCGCCUACGGCGUCGGCCACAUGAACGGCGCCCGGGGCCUGUCCGGCUGGCGCUGGCUGUUCAUCCUCGAGGGCGCCCCCUCGUGCCUCUCCGCGCUGCUGGUCCUGCUGUUCCUGCCCGACUAUCCCGAGGAGUCGCUGAAGGGCAGGCAGCGGGAGCUGGCGCUGGCGAGGCUGCGCGUCGAGGGCAGCAAGAGCCGCGACCGCAGCAUGACCUGGCAGGAUGCGAAGCAGACUCUGAUGGACUGGAGGUUGUAUGGCCACUACAUCAUCUACUUCGCCGUCAGCCUUCCGUUCAGCUCGCUGUCGCUGUUCACGCCUUCCAUCAUCGCCGGUCUUCACUACGUUGACUUGGACGCGCAGUUGUUUACUGUACCUCCGUGGGCGGUAGCUUACGUCACCCAAAUCGUGGUCGCCUACUCGGCGGACCGCUUCAACGCGCGCGGGCUGCACUCGGCGGCCUUCGCGCUGAUCGGCGCGGCCGGCUUCAUCGGGUCGGCGGUGCUGCCGCCCGACGCGUACCUGCACCGGUACGGCUGCCUGAUCGUCGCCGCGGCCGGCUCCUUCGCCUGCAUCCCGCCGAUGCUGGGCUGGCUGACGUCCAACGUGCGCACGACCGCCGCGGUCGGCCUCGCCAUCGCCAUCAACGUCAGCAUCGGCGCCGGCAUCGGCCAGAUGCCCGGCGUCUGGAUCUACAAGGCCGACGAGCAGGCCCGCGGCUACCCGACUGGCCACUGGGUCAACGCGGCCAUGCUGCUCGUCGUCGCCGUCGGCGCGCUCGGCCUGCGCGUGCUGUACGGGCACCGGAACAAGAAGCUGCUCAGGGAGAGCGGUGGCCAGGAGGUCACGCUGUAUAAGCUGUGAGGUGUGCUAGCCUGGCUGGCGAGGGAAGAUGCGGGCAUUGACGGUUGGGUGAGACUUGGUGCGGUACAGCACGGUACGGCGAUUGUGGUUCUUAGCCGUGUAAGAGGCACUUCCCUGGGGAGGGUGGUGUAAUUGCUAGCUGAGUUGCCCGUCGGGAACUAAGGGUCACCAUAAAUAUCCCUAAGACGUAGAACCGGUUCCCGAGGAGAAAACGCGACAACAUGGUGGGCUUAUACGACGUC